AUGUCGGGAAGCGCAGGAAAUGUGAUAAAACCUUUCGAUGGCAAUGGAUCGAUGGCAGAAGAACAAAGACAAAAAUGUAAUUUAACUCCAGAAGUAGGAAGUUCUGCAUCUUUUUAUGGUAAUAACGAGAACAAGAAUAAGAAGAAAACAGCGAAGAAGAAAUGUCCUUUUAAAUGCUAUCUAUGUGGGAAAGUUGGUCACAAAAAGGUGGACUGUUUCAAGAAUAAAAAGGAAAGCCAGAAAGCGAAUUUAGCUGAAGAAGAAAAUCAAUGUAAAAAUGAGCAACAAGAAAAAGUUACAAUUCAUGAUGAUGAUGUGACAGAUGCUGAAGAUAAUGACUCAGAAAGCAUCAAUUCUAAUCAAGAAGACCCUGAAGUAGAAAACUAUGAAGACAUAGUGAACAAAAGUGAAAGACCAAGAAGAACAAUACAAGUAUCUAAACAUUUUGAAGAUUAUGACUUAAAUUAUGACAACUCUAGUGACAGAUAUGAUGAAGGAAUGAUAGCGUUAUUCAUAGAAAGUAUUGACUCUCCACAAAAAAACUUCAAGGAUGCCAUGUCACAAGGUUGGAAAGAAGCUAUACAAAAUGAACUAGCAAUGAAGUGCAAUCAACAAAAACGAUACUUGGGAAGUGAUAAAAAGACCUACGAAUGUGAAAGUAAUUGA